UAUUUACAAGAUACAAAUCUAAAAUUUGAUUCAUUUCUUUAUUCCAGAAACUUAACAAUAAACUGGAAAUUUAAUUUUAUAGAAAAUAAGACCAAAUCCAAUUUGUAAGAGAAAUGCAAAUGUGAACUGUCAACCAAAUAGUCAACACGCUCAAUCAAUCCCAAACGUAUCUUUGUUUUCCGCCCAAAUCAUAUCCAGGAAAACCAUCAAAUUUCUCAUUAGUAUCUCUGAAACCUUCCUCUUUUUCUUCAACCUCCCAACAAUUCAUUACUUCUUCUCAUUCCAUUUUCAUUUCAUGGUCUAGUUUUCAAGACCCUAUGUCUAAAGCCAAGAAUUUCUUUCAAAAUCUAAUCAAACCUUUCAGGUCCAACUCAAGCAAUGGUGGGGAAAAUGAAGAGGAUUUGGAGAAAAUAGCUCAAAAAGAACAAAAGAACUUCCUUUUCGAGACUUUAGUUGCUGCUACAAAAGAUUUCCACCCUCACCACAAGCUCGGUGAAGGGGGUUUUGGACCUGUUUAUAGGGGUAAGUUAGAUGAUGGAAGGGAAAUUGCAGUGAAGAAGCUAUCUCAAUACUCGAAUCAGGGGAAAAAGGAAUUUGAGAACGAGGCUAAGUUGCUAGCACGUGUACAGCACCGCAAUGUUGUGAAUCUGUUGGGCUACUGCAUACAUGGCAACGAAAAGCUUUUGGUGUAUGAGUAUGUCGCUAAUCAGAGUCUUGACAAGUUUCUCUUCAAAUCGAAUAGAAACGUGGAGCUUGACUGGAAGCGAAGGUAUGAAAUAAUUACAGGCAUCGCACGAGGUUUGCUUUACCUCCAUGAAGACUCACACAAUCGUAUCAUUCAUCGGGAUAUCAAGGCAAGCAAUAUUUUACUUGAUGAUAAAUGGGUCCCUAAAAUUGCUGAUUUUGGUAUGGCUCGUCUCUUUCCCGAGGGUGAAUCAAAUGUCAACACCCGUGUAGCUGGUACUAAUGGAUAUAUGGCACCGGAGUAUGUCAUGCAUGGACAACUAUCAGCGAAGGCAGAUGUGUUCAGUUUCGGAGUUUUGGUUCUGGAGCUGAUCAGUGGCCAGAAAAACUCAUCCUUCAAUUUAAAUGUGGAUGCUCAAAAUCUACUUGAUUGGGCAUAUAAGCUUUACAAAAAAGGGAAGGGCCUGGAGAUUAUGGAUGCUGCCAUAGUGCCAUCAGCACCCCCGGAGCAAGUAAGUUUCUGCAUCCGAAUAGGGUUACUAUGUGUGCAAAGCGAUCCCAAAACACGACCUGACAUGCACCGGGUUGUUAUUAUGCUGUCAAAGAAACCUGGACAUCUAGAUGAGCCAAUGAGACCUGGAAUUGCGGGUAACCGAUACAGGAGAUCACGCCCUCGCCCUGGAUCCUCAUCGACUGCAGGAGCUUCCGGUUUUUCAGAUUCUCAUACUUCUGAAUCAACCUUUAAUUGUAAUACUAGUACUGCAUCUGCAUCUGCUUCAGCAACAACUCUUGCAAGCUCCUCAAAAUCUGACCCCCAUGGGAAGCGCCCCAUGAAGAGUUAGUUUUUUGGACAUUUUUGUAUAUUUAGAUUUAUUUUUGAUACACCGAUAAUAUAUGAAUAUAUACAAUGUCUACGAACCAAAUUAUGCCAUUUUAUUAAAAGUGAAGUUAGGUGGAUUUACUUCCAAAA